GGACGGACUGAGCUCGUGGGGGAGGAACCGGGAGUUACGUCUCUCAGUUACUGAGUGCUGAGUCCAGAGAGCAGGAUUGCUUGUGUUAGCGCGAAGCUGAGGCUGGGAGAUUCAGAAAGACAGAAGGAAACUAUUUGAGAACCCGAAAGAAGGAUAGGUUUUAUUCGCAUAUCCCACCGUUAUUCUAUCCUCUUCAGAGAGACAGUGUGUCGGUGUGCCUCCAGAAGCCCCGGACUCCGCUGUCUCUCUCUCACUACCCUGACAGAGUGCAUUCUGUUCGCGGUAACUAAAUCCGCUCACCCUCUUUUUGGAACUCCGGAGCUCCCUCGCUUACUGUGUUCUCCACGGGUCGUGGGAGUGUUUGACAGUGUGCGCGAGAGGGUUUUUCACUCUGUAGGAAUAGGGAGUGUGUAGCACUCCGGAAAAAGCUGGUAUGGCAGAGGUCGUUUCUACCGGGAGUGAGUGUACGUUGUUCGCUCGCAACAUCUGAAUCUGUCGCGCACACUUGGAAUCUAACGGAACAUUACUAUUCUUAAGGAUUGGAUCUGUUUUCACUUGUAGGAUUUUGACCCUUUCGCCUGCGCUGUAGUGGGAAUGGAGAGAACUGCACGUUUUUACUGAGGAGUAACAACAUCUGAUCAGGUUAAGGGAAGUAGGAAAUCCCUCUACAUACCCCACUGACCAGUGAGGAUCAAGGGGGCACUUUUCCCAUUCAUAGCAAACCUGGGUUGACCGUGUGUUGGCUAACACCCUUCCUACUUCUGGCUUUCCUCAGAACAUCUUCCUACACCUCUGUUAUCAAAUGUAACUACUUCAGAUGAAAGGAUGCGGCAGGGAGCAGACAAGCGACUGAGCCCCACCUGAACCCCAAACUCUGACCUCUCACCUGCCCACUCUGUCCCCACCUGGCUGUCCCAUAAUGCACCUGCCGUUUCGAGGUCGUCUGAAGCUGCUGAUGGCAUCUCUGACAGCCAUCAUCCUGCUCACCUGGCUCUACUUGCUGGCUGGGAACCUGGAGAAUGGGCGGUCCCUCCUCCUGCCCCCCUGUCUGGUGGAAACCCCUGAAGCACAUGUUUUAGAGCGGGCAGUUCUAGAGUCACGUGUGCGUGAGGUGGAGGAGGAGAACCGGCAGAUCCGCCUGCAGCUCAGCCAAGCACAGGGCACAGCUGGCCAGGCGGCUGAUGUUGGCAAUUACGGCAAUGCAGUGUGGGGGGCGUCAGCUGACACUGGCCCUGAAGAUGUCGAGAACACUGCAGAAGAGAGAACCAAUCACACAGAGUGUCCCCGUUCCCCCAUGGUACAGAAGUGUGAGCUGAUCCAUGUAGCUUGUGUGUGUGCUGGUCACAAUGCCAGCAGAGAUGUCGUCACCUUGGUCAAGUCCAUCCUAUUCCACAGGAGAAACCCUCUACAUUUUCACUUCAUCACGGAUGCUGUAGCCAAUCAGAUCCUGAGUUUACUGUUCCAGUCCUGGAUGGUUCCGUCUGUACAAGUCAGUUUCUACGAUGCAGAUGAACUCAAGUCAGAGGUGUCAUGGAUACCAAAUAAGCACUACUCAGGUAUCUACGGCCUGAUGAAACUGACCCUAACCAAAGCGCUGCCCUCUGACCUCACAAAGGUCAUCGUCCUGGAUACGGACAUCACCUUCGCCACAGACAUCGCUGAGCUCUGGGCAAUCUUCAAGAAGUUCACUGACAAGCAGGUAAUAGGCCUGGUGGAGAACCAAAGUGAUUGGUACCUGGGUAACCUAUGGAAGAACCACAAACCCUGGCCCGCCCUGGGACGAGGCUUUAACACCGGGGUCAUCUUGCUCUACCUAGAGAGGCUACGUCGCAUUGGCUGGGAGCAGAUGUGGAGGCUGACUGCUGAGAGAGAACUUAUGAGCAUGCUCAGCACCUCGUUGGCUGACCAGGACAUCUUUAAUGCAUUCAUUAAGCAGAACCCAGUCCUGGUCCAUCAGCUGCCAUGCUUCUGGAAUGUUCAGCUUUCUGACCACACACGAUCGGAACAGUGCUAUACUGAGGUGUCUGACCUUAAGGUGAUCCACUGGAACUCUCCUAAGAAGCUUAGAGUAAAGAACAAGCAUGUGGAGUUCUUCCGGAACCUCUACCUAACCUUCCUUGAGUAUGAUGGGAACCUACUGAGACGAGAGCUAUUUGGCUGCCCCACCCAGGCCACCUCUGAAAGCAUACGGUUACAAGGAGCUCUGGAGGAGCUUGAUGAGGAUGACCAGUGCUACGACUUUCGGCGGGAACGGAUCACGGUGCACCGCGUGCACCUCUAUUUCCUGCAGUACGAGUACACUCUUACGGGUGACGAAACAGACAUCACACUGGUUGCACAGCUGUCUAUGGACAGGUUACAGAUGCUGGAGGCCAUAUGUAAACACUGGGAAGGCCCUAUUAGUCUGGCCCUGUACAUGUCAGAUGCUGAGGCCCAGCAGUUUCUGCGUUACGCCCAGGCCUCUGAGGUCCUAAAGAACCGAAAAAACGUAGGCUACCACAUCGUCUACAAAGAGGGCCAAUUCUACCCCGUCAACUUGGUGAGGAACGUGGCCCUGAGGAACGCCAACACACCCUACGUCUUCCUGGCUGACGUAGACUUCCUGCCCAUGUAUGGACUCUACGAUUACCUAAGAAAGUCAGUGGUUCAGUUAGACAUGGCCCACGCAAAGAAGGCUCUGGUGGUGCCGGCCUUUGAGACACUGCGCUAUCGCCUCUCUUUUCCCAAAUCCAAAGCUGAACUGCUCUCCAUGCUGGACAUGGGGACUCUCUACACCUUCAGGUAUCAUGUGUGGACCAAAGGGCAUGCUCCAACCAACUACGCCAAGUGGCGGACAGCCACAACGCCCUAUAAGGUGGAAUGGGAGGCUGACUUUGAACCUUACGUGGUAGUGAGGCGGGACUGUCCUGAGUAUGACCAGCGCUUUGUGGGCUUUGGCUGGAACAAGGUCUCCCAUAUCAUGGAGCUAGAUGCUCAGGAGUAUGACCUAAUGAUUCUGCCCAAUGCGUUCAUGGUCCACAUGCCACAUGCGCCUAGCUUCGACAUCUCCAAGUUUCGCUCCAGCCCGGGCUAUCGCUACUGCCUGCAGACACUAAAAGAUGAGUUCCACCAAGACCUGUCCCGGAAGUAUGGUGCAGCUGCCCUUAAAUACCUCACUGCACAGAGGAACAUCUAAUCCAGGACUCAUAAGGGCAACUGGGCUCCAUACUUAAGUCACCUCUGGCUCCUCUGCUGUUUGACAAAAAGGCUAAAGUUGUUCAGGAUAUUAACAAUGCUUGGCCAAUAUCACUACUAUACUUGGAUAUCAAGAUGGUGCUUUUGGAAGUAUUUUAGAAUAUUCUGGAGAUAUGUCAGCUAAACCUUCUGAGCGGGUUUGGCUUGGAUUGGAUUAUAACCCAAACUGGAAUAAAAAUCAAGAAAAUAACAGAACAGACAUGAGAGUUGAGUCACAAGAAUUUGGGCUCACUAGGAAGAAGUUCCUCUGAGAGGGAUGAGUGGUUGACUGCUUUAGAUCUGGGAGUUAUUGACAAUUAUCAUGAUUUGUUCUGACAAUCAGGGCCUUUUCCAAGGGAAAUACACUUCAAACCAAUCUGUCCAUAUGGAAUAUCUGAAACUCAAAUGAUAGUUGACCUGAAACUCAAGGAGAGUUAAUGGGAAAUCAGAAUACAUAUUUGUGAAUCACUGAACUAAAAGAAAAGGAAAUUCCAUCUUCCAAGUAAUACUCAAGUGAACAAAUUGCGUUCUGAGUAACCUAUCAGACUGGGGAAACAUUUAAGCCUUAUAAUUUUCCAUUUUAUUUAAUAAGAUAUUUAAUGAUUUUUAGUUUUUCAGUGUAAACAAUUAACAAUGAAUACCAAACAAAUAUGGUUUGAUUAUAAUGUUGCAUAAUUAUUGCAUUAUAAUUUCUCUGUUUUUUGGCGGUGUGGGCCUGUAAAAGAAAGGAGUAGGUCCUUGUUUGAAAACCUCUGGAGAUUUCGAUGUGUGGGAAAUAGCCAGGCGUCACAGUCACAAUGGGCAUUGGGAUUGUGUGUGUGUGUGUGUGUGUGUGUGUGUGUCUGUGUGUGUGUGUGGGUAUGUGUGCACAUUGACUAACUGAGCUGCUCACUAACUCACCUUAAUGUGUCAUAUUAAUGCUUAUCAACUGUCAUAGUUUUGUUAAUGCAAUUAUUAACAUGAGCUUUUCUCAUGUUAAUAAUAGCAUUUAUCACCCUGCAUCUUAAGAAUUGCACUACAUGCAUAUUUUAUAGUUAGAGACAUACAACACAUUUAUAUUAAGAUUCCUGUUUUUGCUUGUGCAUAGUUAUACAAAAUGUGCAUAAUUUGAGCCUAAAUAUUUUCUUUGCAGACAAAAAAUCACUACUGAUUGGGACCAUUUUAAAAAGACCAAAACAUUUAAAAUACACAUUAUAUCUUCUUGCUUGUACAGAAAUGCAGUGACUGCACAUACACCAUUGAAUGUUAUUUCAAUGUUAAAAAUCACUACUGAACUUCCAUAAGCGAUUGGAGCAUUACCAUGUGCCAAGUGUAGAUGAGUGUUACACUGUACGUUAUGUGCCAUCUAAUAUAUUUUCUUUAACAAACCAUUUUUUAUUUUACCAUGAACAAACUUUUUUUUCCCCAUCAACACAUCCCAUAUGUGUCUUUGUUCACCAUCCUAAAAUUCCUGUUCUCACAAACCAUAAUUAUUUUAUCUCAUCUCAAUCACUUGCUCAGUUUGCAUAUGCUACUAAUAAGUGUUUCAAAUCAUACACAUAAUCUAUGGGACAACCAGGCAGUAAGAAAAUCAACCUUUUAACCCAAUGAGUCCAUGUCUAACACCAAAAAAUGGGUUUACCUGUCAAGUCACAAUGACCGGCACAUGUUUUUUCAAGACUAUUCUGUAAAGACUUUGGGGUGAAUCAAUGGCUACAUAUGAUUCACCAUGGGGUGGAGACUUACCAAACUGCUAUAGGAUGGCGCUCCCUUUCGCCACGUAUAGGAUAGAUUAGAGCUGCCAUUGAGUGGGUUGCCAAGGAAUGGAUCCAGAUAUCCUCUUCCCCUGUCACUGUCCACACCUACCACAACCCCCUGUUGACUGUGCUGAUUGCGGUAAAUGCUAGUGCCUUUGCUGUAUUGUGAAACUGGAUAUUGAUUGUACUGCUGUACGUUACCAAUGGGGCCUAAGGAUAGCCUGGUAAACUAUUUAUUAUUGUUGACUGAAAUCAAUCAUAUUUUUCUAUGUAGGGGACAAAGUGCUUUAAAUAAAUCUGCCCUUUUUUAUCA